GCUCCUCAUAUGCGUACACAGCUCAUGCUAAGUUUGAUGUGAGUAAUUACCAGUUCUGGAGAGUAGUAGACUACCUGAUCGCAAGGCUGUUUCCAUUAUUUCGUCAAGUCGCACUGCGCUUCCUGAGGAAAAGGAUGCCUAUCUAAUAUGUUUUUUCCCAAGUUCUACAUGCUGCAUUAUGCUCAGAAGGGAAAGCCAAACUAGCUCUUUUUCUCUGUUGCUAUGAGUAAUAAGCUCUGAAUGCUUGUAGGUGUGCCUGUAACUUCAUACCUGUCUCCCUAGAGAAGGCUGUUUGUUAAACAAACGACUCGUAGAACAACUAUGUGAACCGGAUUGGGCCUUCCUUUCCAGGAGGAGGACACUUUCCAAGUGAAGGUCCAGAGAAAAGAACUACACCUGAGUCGUACAUAUGUUAGUCGAAUAUAAUGUAACAAAAGAGACUACAAAAGUCGAUAUAUUUCAUGGUAAAAUUCUGUCAAGUAUUCUUUUACUUGUAAUAAAAUAAUGCAUUGUAUGACGUUUUGUGACGACUUACACAAAAAUUUACAUUCUCUUUACGCAAAAAACUCUGCAUGCCUAAAGCAAUAAAUAUACUUAUAAGCUGACCAAUAAGCAAGAGCUUAGGAGAGAGAUGAUAUAUUUCCACAAGGUUAAUUCAUAUAAAGAAUAUACAUAUACAUAUGCAUAUCUAUAUCUAUCUAUCUAUAUAUAUAUAUAUAUGCUAAAGAAUUUUAUUUAGCAUAAUGCGAUCUAUGGCUUUUUUUAUAAAUGGGGGAAAGUGCUCUGUGUGAGCGCUAAAAUAAGGGAUUGAACUUUUAUUUUUUUUGUGUAUGUGGAGGAGAUGUCGUCAGAUUAACCUUUGAAACUUCACUUGCUGUUUUUUGAAGCUUUAAAGCGUUCCGGAAUUUGCUGCUUUGAACUUCAUAAAGAAUGAUUGUUAUUCUUAUCAGAAUUCGAAUGGGCCGUAUAUGUAAAUAUGCGUAUAUAUAUGUAUGUAUCUUUAAUAAUUCUCGGCCUCUUUUUCCUCGUGUUUAUAUCAACAAUCAGUUCCUAGUUUUAGAUAUUAUUAUUAUUUUUCUGGAGAAAUAUUCGUUAUCGCUCUUCUUAAUACCUAGAGAUCAAUAGUUUUAAAGGGAGAAGAAAGAACACUAUACACUUAAAACACUUGAUUAAGAAGAUGGAUUCUCCUGUCAUCGUAAAGGAAGUUUUCCAACUUAACUCCAUUCCAGGAGGCCUGCGCCCCGGUACCAUCUCCUUUAAAAAUGUCACCAUUGAUGGUGAAAAGUAUGUAUGUGUGCGCGAUGUACAAGAGAAUGGACAAACUUCACUUGUUAUUGCGGAUCUUGUCAAACAAGAGAGCAUGCGCAACAAUAUCAAGGACGCUGAGGCGGCCAUUAUGAAUCCGAAUUCGAAAAUUCUUGCACUCCGCAGCGGUCGCAACAUGCAAAUCUUCGACGUGGAUGCAUCCAAACGGCUUAAAGCACUGGUGUUCCACGAUGACAUCCUCUUCUGGCGCUGGGUUGACGCCGAAACGGUGGGUAUAGUAACGGCGACGACGGUGUAUCACUGGAGGUUGAAUACGGCACCGGACACCCCACCAGAGCGGGUCUUUGAUCGUGGAGAGGACUAUGGCGCGUCGGUGCAGAUCCUUUCUUACCAUGUUGAUGAGAAGAAGAAGUGGCUCGUCCUCACUGGUGUCACUCGUGACGGCACCAGCACGGUCGGCAAGGCGUUUCUAUAUAGUGUAGAGAACAAGAGUAGCCGCGUACUUAGCGGACAUGCCUGCAAUUUUAUAACCACCACCGUGCCGAACGAGUCUCGCCCGUGCGACAUCAUGUGUAUGGCCUGGAAUAGCCCUCAAGAAGGGGGGCAGGUGAUGAUUAUGGAGCUUCCCACGAGCGAGAAGAUGGAUCUCACCUUAACCAGGCGAGUCUACAGCGUUCGCAUGCAGGAGGGCGAUUUUCCUAUAGUGAUGCAUAUGUCCGAGCGUCACAAGCUUCUCACGGUCGUCACGAGUCGCGGAGCGUAUGUGCUGAUGGAUAUUUUCACAGGCACCAUUCUGGCCACACAGCAGUUUGCGCCAGCGGUUAUCUUCUGUGGCGCAGAGGACCGCACGACCGGUGGGAUCAUCUGCGUCAGCAGCCAGGGCGCCGUCAUUCGUGUUGCACCAAACGAUGCCAGCAUCAUCCCAUUUGUUAAAAAUCACAUGCAAAACCCGCAGCUUGCAAUUCGCAUCGCGGAGUCGGCAAACCUUGGUGGCGUCGAUGACCUCUUCCGGACGCAACUGGAGAGCUAUUUGCAGUCUGGGAAUGUAGAGGCGGCCAUUCGUAUGUGCUUGCGAGCUCCUGGUGGCGCGCUUCGGACUCCCGAAGUUCUGCGGCGUUUCAUGCAGUUGCCUCAGCAGCCUGGACAGCCGCCAGCUAUUUCUACCUAUUUCAAGCUCGUGCUCGCAGAAACGAAGCUGAAUGAGUUUGAGUCGGUUGAGCUGGCACGUGCCGUGCUCCCAAAGGGAGGGAUCGGCUUCGUUAAGCAGCAGCUCGAUGAGGGCAAGCUAACUCCCAACACGGAGCUAGCUGAUCUCGUGCAGCGUUUGGAUCCGGAUAUGGCUAUGAAGAUUUAUCACCAGAACUCCUCGCAUGCUAAGGUGGUCAAUGUGCUGUUGCAGUCCAACCAGACUCAGAAAGCGGUAGAGUACUGCAAGCAGACCAAAUUUUCUCCGGACUGGCGAGUUAUCAUGGGCAACUUUAUCCGCGCGAAUCCGCAAGACGCCGUCAGUCUCGGCCUUAUGUUGUAUCGCGAAAUGGGUGAUAAGCCGGUACUAAGCGCCGAGGAAAUUCUGGAUAUGCUUGUUUCGACUCAGAACAUUCAGCAGGCCACAGAAUUUCUCCUUGAGGUGCUGCGCGACCACAACGAUGAGUCCACCAUCGACUUUCAGACCAAGCUGCUGGAGAUCAAUCUAAAGUAUUCCCAUCCAUCCGUCGCAGAGAAGAUUUUCGCGCGUGGGAUUUGCCUCCAUUACGACCCGAUCAAAUUGGCCCCACUAUGUGAACGCGCCGGGCUCUAUCAUCGGGCCAUAGAUUGCUACAUCAUUGCUCAGAGGGAAGAUCUCAACGCCAACAAUUUGGUCAACAUCCGCCGCUGUCUGGAGCAGUACCAUACCUUGAGUCCCGAGUGGAUGCUAGAGUUCUUUGGAAAACUCAACAAGGAGGAGGGUCUUGUGUGCUUGUCUGACCUCUGCAAAAAUCACAAGCAGAACUUCAAGGUCAUCGUGCAGGUGGCUACCAAGUACAGUGAUGCCCUUGGGUCCAGGGACCUCAUUAACUUUUUCUUGGAAAAAGGGUUGUUUGAGAUUCUCUACUACUAUCUGGGUGCCAUUGUACCCUACACGAAGGAUCCCGAGGUUCACUUUCGCUACAUCGAAGCGGCAGCGGAGAUGGGGCAAAUACAGGAACUGGAGCGCAUGACCCGCGAGAGCCCUUGCUAUGAACCUGAGCGCACCAAGAGCUACUUGAAAGCUAAGGGACUCACUAACGUGUGGCCCUUCAUCAACGUUUGUGAUGCACAUGACAUGGUGAAUGAGAUGGUGCAUUACCUAGUCGACACGGGUAACGAAUCUUGCAUCGAGCAAUAUGUAAUGCGGCGAAGCCCCGGCAAAACACCACAAGUGGUGCAAGCUCUCAUUGAGUGUCAUAAGAGUGAGGAUUACAUUAAAAGUGUGUUGAGCGCUGCGGGCGCCAUGUGCCCUAUACAAGAGCUUGUUGAUGUUGCUGAAAAUACUGGCCGCAUGAGUCUCAUUAGGGAGUGGGUCCAGGAUCGCUGCAGUGAGAAGAAAACUGAUGCUGCACUAUUCAAUGCACUCGGUAAGAUCUACGUAGACUCUGGUGAAAAUCCGGAGGCAUUUCUCUUGGAAAACGAAUACUACGACCCAAUGGUGCUUGGUAAGUACUGCGAAAACACAGAUCCCAACUUAGCCUACAUUGCCUACAUGCGCGGGAACUGCAGCGAGGCGAUUGUGAAGCUCUGUCAAAAGAACAACAUGUAUAACCAUUUGGCUCGUUACCUUGUCAAGGCGCAGAACCUCGAUCUCUGGGCAGGUGUAUUGGCCUCUGACACUCCUGAGCGCAAGCUGCUCGUGGAGGCGGUUCAUCAAACUGCACUUCCCGAGGCUCAGGUAAGUGAGGAGGUCAGCACGACAGUGCGCGCGUUCAUGAGCGCGAACCUUAUUGAGGAGCUAACGUCGUUACUCGAGCAAAUUGUCCUGUAUGGGCAGUUCCGCAAGAAUCGAUAUCUCGAGAACCUCCUCAUCAUGUCUGCCGUCCGCACGCGUAAGGAUAAAGUGAUGGAGUACGUCAUGAGUCUUGAGAACUACGACGCCGCCAACAUCGCCAACCUGGCUAUCGGUGCGGAAUUAUACGAGGUUGCAUUUGUUGUCUAUGACCGCCACAACAUGAAGAAGGAAGCCAUGAUGGUGCUACUGGAGAACCUCAAGGAUCUCUCCCGAGCCCGCACUUUUGCACAGAAACUCGAUCUGCCGGAGGCGUGGGGGAUUCUGGGUGUGUACUUGGUCAAGGAGGACGACAUGCACGACGGUGUUGAGUGCCUGAUUCGCGGUAAAAACGCCGACGCGGUCGCAGACGUAAUGGCUGCGGCCGAGCGUACUAAACAGUAUGCGGACCUUGUCAAGUAUCUUUUAAUGGCACGUACGUGCUCUCGCUCCAAGGACGGCAAGAUCGAUACAGCCCUCGCAUUCACAUAUGCGAAAACCGGCCAAAUCGUCAAGCUCGAGGAGUUUCUCAAGGACACACACAACGUGAAGAUUGGCGAUAUCGCCGACAAGUGUUUCAAUGAGGGGCUGUAUGACUCGGCGAGGGUACUGUGUCGCUUAGCGAACAAUUACGCACGUUUGGCGACGACGGAGCUAAAGCUGAAUAAUCUGGCGGCUGCAGUGGAGGCUGCGAACAAGGCCAGAUUAGUGCAGACUUACAAGGAAGUGAAUAUGGCUUGUUUACUAGCUGGUGAAAUGAAGCUGGCUGGUAUUUGUGCCCUACCCGUUCUCCUUAAGGUGGAAGAGCUAAGUGGUAUGGCCGAUCGGUACGAGUCUCGCGGCCUCUGGGAAGAUUUGCUUACCGUGCUCAGGACUGCUGCAGGCACCCAAGGGGCACACAUGGGUAUCUUCACUGAGAUUGGCGUUCUUUUAGCCCGUUACAAUCCAGAAAAGCUAUUGGAACACAUCAAUAUAUACCCCAGGAAAAUCAACACACACAAAAUGGUCUCGGUAUGCGAGCUAUAUCACCAUUGGCUUCCAUUACGUGUGUUGCAUGUAAACAACGAGGACUGGAUGGCUGCGGUGAACACCAUGAUGAAGCAUUACGCCGAUGCUUGGGAUCAUGAAGUCUUCAAGGAUGCCGUUCUACGCAUGGGCUCGAACGAUGUCGUUUAUUCAGCGAUAGGAUUCUACAUGAAGACUCACCCUGAGCUGCUCAACGAUUUCCUUUCAUCCAUUUUCAAGAAAGUUGAACCAGAGCGUGUCAUGGUGGAAGUUGAGAAGUACGCUCCAAUUUAUCUUAUCCGCACGUACUUGGAGGCGAUUCAGGAACGCAAUCUCAAAAAAGUUAACGAGACUCUAAAUGAUCUCUAUAUUGAGGGCGAGGAUUUCGAUGCGUUACGCCACUCCAUUGAGUCCUAUGACAACUUUGACUUUGAGAAACUCUCGUCGCGGCUAGAGAAGAUGGAGUUGUUUGAGUUCCGUAAGAUCGCCUUGUUUCUCCAUCGCAAGAACAAGAACUACAUGCAUGCCAUCCGGAUUGCCAAGGAGAAUAAGCUUUAUCAGUACGCAAUCGACACAGCCUCUGAAAGUGGUGACACUGCCCUGGCGGAGGAGCUGCUCGACUACUUUGUGAAGGACCACCCCGAGUUCUUCGCCUCCUGUCUGUACACCUGUUACGAUAUUCUCGACCCCACCGUCGUGAUGGAGAAGGCGUGGCGGAAUCAGCGCACCGACAUCGCGAUGCCGUACCUCAUCCAGACGAUGCAGUCCUGCAUGAGCAAGAUCAACCGCCUCGAGCGCGCCCUCUCCGACGAGCAUGCCGCCGCCAGGGAGGCAGCUCGGCGGCUCGGCCCCGCCGAGGGUGUGAACCGCCCCCUAAUGAUCGAGGCCACCGCCGCGGGGUUCGGCCCUGGGGCGCCGCCGAUGCCGAUGCCGUCACAGCCACAACAGCAACCCAGCUACGCCAACAUGGGACACUUCGGCACAGGGCGGCCGUUUUAA